GUGUUUACACCAUUCAAGAUUAAAAAAAGAGUAACAAAGCUGUACCAAAGCACGCCAGACAUUUGCCAUGUGUGCAGAAGACGAGUUUGCAUCUACUGCAACUAUCAAGCAAAUUUUUACUAGAUUGCAGAAAAACCCUGCCAAUCGACAAUGUUUUGACUGCAAUGCGAAAAACCCUACCUGGACAUCGAUUCCUUUUGGGAUCUUCAUAUGUCUGCAAUGUAGUGCCAACCACAGAAAUAUGGGUGUGCAUAUCUCGUUUGUUAAGUCUUCGGUUUUGGAUACAAAAUGGACUAACAAACAGUUGAGAAGCAUGAAAUGUGGUGGGAACGACCGUUUUAAGGAGUACAUCAACAAAAACGGUGGCUCAAGUAUAUUGAGAAGUGAGCCUAAGAAAAUAUAUGAUUCUUCUGUUGGUUCGAAUUACAAGGAGAAACUGGAGAAGAGAGUUGAGAACGACACCAAAAGGCAUCCAGAAAUUUUAGAAUGGGACGAUGCCGAUUCUAUUGAAGCAAGUGAAGAGGAGAGUUCAGCUGCUGGUGAUGAUUUUUUCUCUAAGUGGGACAAGCCAACUAAUACACCAUCACCUUUGACCUCAAGAGCAUCAACUCCUCCUGUCAACAAUUCUACCACUUCUUUGAAUGACGAAAGCACAAAUGCAAAGGCUAAAACUACCCCAGCUAGAAGAGUCGUCAACAAGACUGCCAAGGGCAAUAGUAUAUUAGGGAAGAAGAACAUUUUGGGUGCAGGUUCUAAAAACAAGGCCAAACUGAACAUCAAAAAGGUUGCAUCUGACGAUAUCGAUUUUGAUGAAUUCGAGAAGGAGGCAAAGAGAGAAGAGCAAGAAAUCAAGAAUUUGGGAUACAAUCCAAACGACAAUCUGAAGGCCACCACGGCCACUCCUGACACUUUUGCAUCUGCCACUACCAAGAAAGGUCCAAUAUCCCUUUUUGACAAACCGGAGGCAAGUCAGUCAAAAACUGCUUCAUUGGCUUUAUCAGGAAACCCAUCUUCUGCCAAAAAGAAUGAUGUUGAAAGUACCAGACAGAGCUUUGCAAAGCUCGGUUUCGGUAUGACUGCCUCUACUGCACCAACUACUUUGGAUGCUAACCAAGGUAAGAAGUACAAAGAUGUCCAGUAUACUGGUGACGUUGAGAAGAGAUUUGGCACUCAAAAGGGUAUCUCCUCAGACCAGUUCUAUGGUGUUGGGAACUACGAUGAAACCAAAGCCCAGGAGGCUAGAACGAAACUUCAGUCUUUCACAAAUGCACAAUCGAUCUCUUCGUCUGACUAUUACGGGGAAGAUGACACUGCGCAGUUCAGACAGAACAACGGAGGUGGGGAUGUCGAGCAGCAAGUGUUGGAGUUUGCUGAGAAAUACAUGGGAGACGAUUUCAAUGCACUCAAGGGUGCCUUGGAACAAGGUGCCGAGAAAUUUGGCGGUUAUCUUCGUGAUGUAUUGAGAAACUGAAGAGUAUAGGCGCCUAUUUUCUGAACUAUAUCAAACUAUAUAAAUAAUGUAAAGCGUAUUUGAAAGAAAGAAGUUGCAAAAUUUCAAAAGAUGUGGCA